AUGUACUAUUUCCUUGAGCAUGGCGGGCCUGUGUGAUAGUUUCAGUAAUAGAGCUCUGUGGCAGUUUAUUACUGGAUCAGGAAUAGUCAGACCAAAGGAAUUAAUUGGUAUAGAAUUGAAAAAAGGCAAGGCAAAAAUACUUGAUGGAUUACUGGCCUACGAAAAACAACGAGCGACAUCUGGGGAACGACUUAAAGACAACAAAUCUAUUAGUGGAUUACAAUUGGACUUCACUCUAAAACUUAGCCAAUUUCUGAAUUUAGAUGAAACUCAAAGUUAUUCUUUAUUUUGUUCGUUUCUUGUUAACGAAUUCCGUGGCUCUAAGAAAAAUCUGCAGCAAGUUCUAAGUCAUGAACGUCAUGCUCAGGCUUUGAUAUUAAAGAUCAGAGAUUAUUAUUUCACAGAGAGAUUAUAUAGUUUACGAUGUCUUCGUCAUAUUUUAAAUUAUUGGCCAGAUGCUGAACAUCCAUACAGGGAGCCGUAUGCAGAAUUUUUAGAUGAUCUUUUAGAUGGUGGAAAACUAGUCAUCAAGUUAUUGGAGCAGUUUGAUUUUAUAUGUAAUGAGAAUUUACCAACUGUAGAUACACAUGGUAUCUUGAUGACUGACAGUCAGAAGUUAGUAUGGGCUAAUCAGAACUUGAAAGAACAGUGCGAGUUACUAGAACUGUUGUUGAUGUAUUACAAAGAUUUUGAAACAGAUACAAAUGGUUUUAUAGAUUUAAUAGGAAAAUUCAAGAAACAUGGAUUUGGUUGGAGACAGAACUACAGGCAUAUACUUGAUGAAGGAGCAGAGACAUAUGUGAAAAGAAUUGGAUAUUUAGAAGUUUUGGUAUUGAUAGAGGCAUUGGACAUGGAGAAUGCUGUGCGAUGUAAAGAAGAUGAAAGUUUUGCGGAACAUACAACUCUAAAAGAUGAUGCUUCUUAUCAGAAAUUAAGGAAAGUGUUUAAAGAAUUAGGCAAUCAGCAAAUUCAUAGUCCAUUACUGUUGUCAUGGGCAAUGAUGUGCCAUCUAUAUACUGAUGAAGAAUCAGCUUCUCAUGAAUUAAAAACUUUUGGUAAUCAAGCUUUACAGUUACGCGUGUUCGAAUUGAUUGAUGAAUUACUCAGCUGUGAACCAUUCAAUGGAAAAAAUAUUAUAGCUAGUAUCAGCCAUUAUAUUAUAUAUACGUUAUUCUAUGCGGUUUUAUCAGCUUUCCACGAAAACACACUUGGCAUUACAGAGAUAUUAUACUCAAUUGUAUCCAAAUUGAUAAAACAGGAUUUUAUAGCAGAAGAAAUAUUACAGAAAGAUCUGAAUGUUGGUGUUGGUAGCCUUUACCAAUCAUCGAUGACAUUGUUUCCGCUUGAGUUUAACAGAUUUCUACAGCUUAAUAUUUGUCUGGCUUCAGCUUCAACUAUCAGUGCUAAAAAGGUGAAGCUAUGUUUACAGAGAUUAAAUUAUUAUACAGAAUAUUUGGAUAAUAAUCAUCCACAAGAUUUACAACCUACAGAACAAGAUUCCGUGUUUAGACUUGUUAAUAAUAAAAUGCCAUAUGAUACUGCUGAUAUGAUUAUAAAUAGAAGCAGUGUUGGGCAGAUUCUUCCAUUAGGAGGUGGUAAGGGCGAAAUGGGUGGUCCUAUAAUACAGUGGCAGACAUCUUAUAAUGGUUGGCAACUUUUAAUGUGUGAAAUUAAAUAUUUACUCACUCAAGUUUCCCAUGGGGCAGGAAUGGUUUCGCCAACUCAGGUUGACCGAGUUACUAUGACAAUGAACCUUGUUAAAGAGGUUAUGACCUCUGACCCUGAGUGUAUUGAAGAGUUUUCGGAUAUUAUCAAUCUUUGUUUUACUUUAAUACAAAGGUUUAGUGUUAUCAAUCCACCACCAUUAGAGUUACUCAGUAAUACCAUGGAAUGUUUAAAUUGUACUGUUACCAAACAUCCUAAACCAGUAUGGCACAGUAUUAAGCAGACUGGAUUUUUACCCUAUAUGACAGAAAACUUGGAUAAUCUUGGAGAAAUAUUAAGUGGUCGUGGUUUACAUGCUGGUUUAUAUGGUACUAUAUUAGCUAGAACAGAGUGUAUUGAAGCCAGAUAUCCUCUUACUGAAGCAGUACUUAAAUUUAUAACUAACUUGAUAGAGCCAUUAACCCGAAGUGAUCAAGAAGAAGAACUAGUACCGACUAUAUUAUAUAUUCUACGGGAAAUAUUUCCUGUGUUUAGAAAGUGGAGAUUUAGUCAAAGUAACAGCAGAGAAUCUCUGGGUCAGAAAUGUUUGGAUCUUUUCCACAAAAUUCUCAACUUUCUACAUCUGCAGAAAAAAGCUGAGAAAAAAGGAUUACAACUUCAAGAAGUGUGUGUUUAUAGUCUAUUAUUUACUGAGGCAGGAAGAGCACUAUUAGAGAUAAUAGCGAUUGGUGUUGAUAAUAUAGAACUGGCUCUAUCACAGCAAGGGAGUGCAACAGAAGGAGCAGGUAUAGAACAGAUAGAAUUGAUCCAGAUUGCUUUCUCGGUUCUGAAUCGUCUUUUAUUACUCAAACCUCCAGAUCUACCGGUCUCUCCUGUGGAACAUGCUCUGUCCUCACAACCAGCUGGUAGACAACAUCAACAUGUUGUAGCUACAAUUGCGCAGUAUAUUUAUCAUAGACACAAUCCAAAGCUGCCAACAUUAGCCUUGGUCUUAUUAAAGAGAUUAGCUAUGGUAUCACCAAUGUCUAUAUUAGCAUGUUUAGGAUCAGAAGCAGAACCAGUGAGAGAUAUGUUUCUCUGCAGAUUACAGGCUCUUUCAGAAGAUUUAAGAUUGAAAGUAGUGAUAUUAGAAUUUUUGUCAGUGUGUAUUGAAUACCAACCUGGUUUGAUUGAAAUAUUUCUCAAUGUGCAGUCGUCUAACUCUAAUGAUGGCAAAAAACAGGAUUUAACACUAGGUAAAACUAGCUGUCUACAAACAGUUUUAAAUUUAAUGGAGAUUAAAAAGCAGAGUACCUAUCAGUGUCCAUCUGAUCUUCUGUGUGCUUGUACAGACUUUAUGCAGUCAUUAUGGUGUGGAUUGAGAGAACGUGCAAUGGAAGUUUUAAGAGCAAAGGAGACAUUCUGGUUGAGUAUCUUUUGUCCGCUAGAGAGAAACUUGUUGAAAUCUUCUGAGACUAGCCAGUUUGAUGCCGAUGAGAUGAAGACGGUGGCACAUUGUCUCAAAGUUCUGGCUCAAGAAUUCUUUGUUAUAUCAAGUGAUAAAUUAGACAGUAGAUUAAAAAAAUCUUGUCAACAAUUGGCUAAAGACAAAAGAUUAGAGCAUAUAUCAGAGUGUGUACGUGACAGUUUGAUAUCAGAAGGAAAGAAAAACAAAACAGCACCAGAUGAAAUAACAGAUGACCCAACGUUACUUCUGUUGCUCUCAUGGAAAAACUUCCUAAUUACCAAUUCCAAAUUUAAAGUAGAUGAAUUACAAUUAACAGAUAGGGUAAAAGAGAAGAUUUUAGAAGAUUUGUUGAUAGGAAUUCAAGAACAGUUUAGUGGUGAUUUAUCAGUAUUAAAUAUGAAGUUAGCAUCUGUUUCCAGUGCUUUAUAUUUCACCAUUAUUAGAAAUAAUACUAGUUCUAUAUUAAAACCAAGGGCUACUCUACAGAAAUUACAGAAUAUAAUUCUACAGACAUGUGCCAAUAGUCAGAUGUUGAUACCCUCUGUACAGAUUGGUCUACUAGCUUCCAUAACAUCCAUUUUACAAUCAACUUAUAAACAAGAUUCUCACAAUAUACCUCUUGACAACCUGUCAGCACUACUACCAACAGUCUGUGCAGUCCUACUACAGAGUACUCGCCAGCUUCCUGGUUUAAAGGAACUGAUUCAUAAGUCUCAACAAACCUUAUCACAAGACAAGAUGUCUGACAUAGUUGUUGUGGAAACAGAUAUUGAUUCCAAAUUAAAAUUACAGAUAACAUGUUGCUGUUUAUUAGAAGAGUUAAUUCGAUGCAUCGGAGAUUCAACAAUAUGGCUAACCAUUUUACAACAGAACUCUAUUCUACCUACUUUACUUAUCUCUAUGGAAACUUAUAUUAAGGCCCAACAAGGUUUAACAUAUGUUCAUUCAGUGUUUCUGUUAAUGUUAACUAUUGCUGAAACAGAAAAGGGAGCCAGUGUUUUAGCAUUAAGUAAUUUAGCAGACCAUACAUGUUUAGUGAUAUCUAAAUGUUACAGUGAAGUUGAUAAAGUCACAAGACAAAUUGCUCAAAAGGGUAGUAAAGGAUAUGAAAGUAACAGUAUAACAUGGAAUGGUAUAUAUUGUUUAUGUACACAACUGUAUGCUACCAUGUUGUCUACCUUACGUUACUCAUUUUUAGAAGAUUGUUUUAACUUUGUUGGAGCUCAUCAAGACAGAUUACAACAGUCCUUAGAGAUAGGUUGUACCACUUUAUCUAAUCAAGCUAUGAAGGAAGCAGAAGUUACGUGUAAUUUCCUCCACCAGUUGUCUUUCUUUAGUCGAGAAUGGAGAUUUCAUCUACCUGAUGUUCUUAAUAGAUUAUUGACAUGUAUGGUGUAUAUGACACAGACAUUCGUUUCUCUGUUAAUUCGACCCAGAUAUUUGUCACAUAUACUAGAGGCACAAAGAGGAACAAGUGAAAGAAAGAAUAAAAUGCAAACAUCUCUUCAGUCAUCUCCCUUGCUACAGCAACAAACAUCAACAGAAGAUGUUGAUCACCCUAGUACACAAUUAGUGCAGGUUCAACAAAGGAUGUUGGAUAUAAUUGGUAGAAGUUUAGCAGCAUUAAAGCAAUUUACACCAGAUUUAUGCGAAGUUUUAUUAGAUCAGAGUAUGGAUAUAAGUGAAUAUGAGCCAUUAUUAGGAAUGGGUUUCUGUACACCAUCUAUAGAUCAAGAAACAGCUCCAACAUUCGGAAUGUUAAUAUCCUGUAUAACUUCCUGUUUUAGACUUCUUACUAAGAUUGACCCGAAAGGUGGAUCCCCACAUAAAUCACCUGACUCAGACACUCUUCAAUUCAUAUCUAAAAAUCAUGUGAUAUUUGUGAUGGAGAAUUCCCUAUAUAUACUGAUGUCCCAAUCCUGUCGAUAUUUAAAAGAUCCAAAUUUAUCCUCACGUGAAAAACAGCUGUUAAAACGGGAACUUGGGACCGAAUUAAACUCCUUCUUAUCAAGCAUGGUACGAUACAUGAGAAGAGGUGGACCUGUGUCUCCAGGGUCCAGUAAUCAGUCGAGUCCAAAAUCUACUACACUCAAUCGUUCGAUUUCACAAACAGCUUUUACUAACAAUCAGGAACAGAGUUAUCUUAAACUUGUACAGGAGUUUGUGCGUAAAAUUUUACGAUGAGAAAGUGUUAUUAAGAGUUGAAAUUUUAUUCCAUAAAUGAAAUCAAACCAGUCAUGUAAUAUAUACAGUUAUUAUCGCAUUUUAUAAGUCCAGACUGCUAGAGCGAUGUGCGUUAUUAGUAUAAAGGAUUGAAUAUAAAACCAACGAAAGGACCCAUCAGAUAAGACAAUGUCAUAAAAAAUGUAUGUCUUAUGUUAAAUGCUCCAGUCUAUGGAUAACAUUUACAGUUUUAUGCUAUAUAAGGCUGAUAACUGACAUGUUACAAAAAUAAUGUGUUGGCAUUAUGUUGAAAGACAAUAAGUGCUUCUUGGAUGAUUGAAAUUACAAUUGAAUAAAUUGAUGAAACAAAA